AUGGGGCUUUUGGCACGUGCACUUCUGCUGGACGAUGGCUGCCUCUUCUUCGAGCCCCCCACCUCGUCGAAAUCAAACGAGCGAGCCACAUUCUCCGUUCGACGUCGGCCUGGGGCUCUGGGAUUCGGGCCCUCUGGCUCGAAUUCCCUCGUCCCGGACCUCUCCCUCGAACCCGCCGGCCUGAUGGGCAUCUGUGCCUCGCUGGCUCGCUUGCCGCAUGCCUGCCAUAAGACCCCCAGUCCCGGCGCUCGGCCGGGGAUCUCCUGCUUUUUGGAUUUCCUGCCGGAGGGCGAAGCCGAGCUCUCGAGCCAGGCCUGCAUGCAGCUCAUUCCGCGGCCCGGUCUGUCCGUUGGGUGUGGAGCACUGGACCUGGUGGCAGUGCGUCUGGUGGCCUUCCACUGCGAUCUCAUUGUGGCGAAUGCGUUGCGCGCUGAGCGCCAUGCCUCGGCUGCCGGGGCUUUUGAGACGCGCUUUGCCCGGCAGUACCGACAUCUGGCCGAGGGCGCAUCGGGCGGCAUCACACCAGCCGAGCCUUUUGUUUGCUUGGGUGCCCAGUGUCCCGGAGACUUGCGGCCGCGCAGAUUCCCCUUUAUGCCAUCAUCUGAGCAGCCGGUCGGCCGGCCGGCCGCUCUGUCCUUUUGCGCACGCGCCGCCUCCGACCGCGGGCCCCCCAGCAGCUCGGGCAGCGCUUCCACCGCCGGCCUGCUGCCCGAUGUCCUCCGAGCCCUGGCUCGAGCGGUGUUGCUCCUGGACUGUCAGAUGGUGCUCUUUUCCCGGGAGUCCUGGGGCCCGAUAGCCUGCGGCACACGUGUCGGGCUAGACCCGGCUCUGGAGCAGCACCUGCCAGGGGUGGAUGCCCUCCUUGUGCGGGCUGGGCUCUUGCUAUUGGUGUUGCCCGGAAUCGACUGUGGGUACUUCUAA